AUGGACGCGUCCCCGUCUUCCGGUCAGGGCGGCUCCCACACCGAGCCUCCGGAAGCGGUGAAAGCUCGGGACCCGUUCAGCGGUCAGCUCGAGACGGUCGCGCCCUGGAACUUCACACUGAUUGCGUGUCUGAUGUUUGCAGUGACUUCCCUCUCACUGGCAGAAAACUCCACAGUCAUGCUGGUCACAUACAAGUUUAAACAGCUCAGGCAGCCGCUGAAUUACAUUAUUGUCAACUUAUCUGUGGCUGAUUUAUGCUUGUCGCUGAUCGGAGGCACAAUCAGUUUCCUGACCAACGCGCGGGGUUACUUCUUCCUGGGCAGGUGGGCGUGCGUGCUGGAGGGGUUCGCCGUGACUUUUUUCGGGAUUGUGGCUCUCUGGUCUUUGGCAAUCCUGGCCUUUGAGCGUUUCUUUGUGAUCUGUCGCCCAUUGGAAAAUGUCCGUUUGGGAGUCAAGCAUGCAGCACUGGGUCUUUUGUUCGUCUGGGUUUUCUCCUUCAUCUGUACUAUUCCUCCAGUGCUUGGCUGGAACAGCUACACAGUUAACAAGCUUGGCACUACUUGUGAACCCAACUGGUACUCGAGAGACUACAAGGACCAUACUUACAUAAUCACCUUCUUUGUCACCUGCUUUAUCUUUCCACUUGGAGUAAUCAUUGUCUCCUAUGGCAAACUCAUGCAGAAACUCAGAAAGGUAUCCAAUGCUCAUGGGAAACUAGGCAAUGUUCGGAAACCAGACCAGGCCGUGGCAAGGAUGGUCAUUGUAAUGAUAAUUGCCUAUAUGGUUGGCUGGACACCUUAUGCAGCGAUCUCCAUCAUCGUCACAAUCCAUCCAACCAUCCAUAUUGACCCUUGCCUUGCAGCAGCACCAGCCUUCUUUGCUAAGACUGCAGCUGUGUACAAUCCAGUCAUUUACGUGUUUAUGAACAAGCAGUUCAGGAAGUGCCUGAUUCAGAUGUUUAAAGGCAAUGGCGUCAGCAUUGACUCAUCCCAUUUGAACCCAGCCUCAGACAAAGGGCCCAUCACACAAACAGAAAGUCACUUGGGAGAGAUGUCAUCUAUUGCUGCCCGUGUGCCCAUGACCAUAUGCAACCUAGAGAAGACUGAUGACUAUGAUGACGAAGAAGAGCAAAACCAGAAUGAAAAUGGAGGCUCUAUGCAACUUCCUCUGUCAGAAAGCAGAGUGUGUCCUCUCUAA